AUGCCAAAUCCGUCCAAAUUAAAGCAAUUUUACGAGAAAAAGUCGGUUUUCAUUACCGGCGCCUCAGGUUUCAUCGGAAAGAUCCUACUACUGAAGCUACUGGUGUCGUGUCCGGACAUCGGGCACAUCUACGUACUAAUGCGGCCCAAAAACGACGUGUCCAGCAAUAAGCGACUGACAGCUAUGCUAAACGCACUGCCCUUUCAGUACGCACUCAAUGAUGAGGACCCGUGCAAGAAGAAGGUGAUCCCCGUCGAGGGCGACAUCACUCGCGAGGGACUGGGAUUCUCGGACACUGACCGCCAGACCCUCUGCCAACACGUGUCGGUCGUGUUUCACUGCGCGGCGAGUGUUAAGUUUGAUGCCCCACUCAAGGAAAGUCUUGACUACAAUGUAUUCGCCACCAAACAAGUGAUCGAUUUGUGUAAACAAAUCAAAGACUUGUCGUGUUUUAUCCACUGCUCGACGGCUUACAGCCAUUGCCAGCGCCAGGACAUCGACGAACAGUUUUAUAAAGUCACUACCAAUCCAUCGGAAUUACUUAAGAUGGCCGAAUGGUUACCAUCGGCGACAUUGGAUCAGUUAUCGCUACAUCUCAUGGAAGGCCGGCCCAACACCUAUACCUAUACGAAAGCGUUGGCCGAGCAGCUGGUGCUCCAGGAGUGCCAGGAGUUGCCCACAGCUGUGGUCAGACCCGCUAUCGUCGUGAACGCCGAGUGCGAGCCUAAGGCCGGUUGGAUCGACAACGUGAACGGCCCGUCAGGCAUCAGCAUACUGGCCGCCCUGGGCAUCUUGAGGGCUGUCAACUGGAACUACUACGCCAAGACUGACUUCGUGCCCGUCGAUAAGGUGGCCAACGCUAUGAUAGCUGUGGGUUGGGCUACCGGUACCAAGAAAAGGUAUGUUUGCCUAUUGAUAGCCCACUAUACC